AUGACAACGCACAACGGCAACAGCACCGCCGGACAGACCGCCGGUAAACCCGGCCCGGUGACUGGGCUGUCUAAAGAACGCACCGCCGGACAGACCACCGGUAAACCCGUCCCGGUGACUGGGCUGUCUAAAGAACGCAGCGCAGACAGUACGGGCUCCAGUAAGGGGUCGUCAGAGGGCACCGGGCCCUGGGGGAGCAAGCUGCUGGGGCCCCUGACUCCUGAACAGGCCCUCAGACAGUACCGCUCACAACUUACCAACCUGGAGCAGACUGAGAUACACUCCUACACAGAGGUACACACACUGGCACACGGAUGCACACAUUCACACCAGGGCUCUACAGUGUGACCAUUGUACUCGUAUAUGAACCUACAGUAUAUACAGUGCAUUCAGUAACCUGGCUAUAUGUAUAGAGUGCAUUCAGUAACCUGGCUAUAUGUAUACAGUGCAUUCAGUAACCUGGCUAUAUGUAUACAGUGCAUUCAGUAACCUGGCUAUAUGUAUACAGUAUGUACAGUGCAUUCAGUAACCUGGCUAUAUGUAUACAGUAUAUACAGUGCAUUCAGUAACCUGGCUAUAUGUAUACAGUAUGUACAGUGCAUUCAGUAACCUGGCUAUAUGUUUACAGUAUAUACAGUGCAUUCAGUAACCUGGCUAUAUGUUUACAGUAUAUACAGUGCAUUCAGUAACCUGGCUAUAUGUUUACAGUGCAUUCAGUAACCUGGCUAUAUGUAUACAGUAUGUACAGUGCAUUCAGUAACCUGGCUAUAUGUAUACAGUAUAUACAGUGCAUUCAGUAACCUGGCUAUAUGUAUACAGUAUGUACAGUGCAUUCAGUAACCUGGCUAUAUGUAUACAGUGCAUUCAGUAACCUGGCUAUAUGUAUACAGUAUAUACAGUGCAUUCAGUAACCUGGCUAUAUGUAUACAGUGCAUUCAGUAACCUGGCUAUAUGUAUACAGUGCAUUCAGUAACCUGGCUAUAUGUAUACAGUAUAUACAGUGCAUUCAGUAACCUGGCUAUAUGUAUACAGUAUAUACAGUGCCAUUCAGUAACCUGGCUAUAUGUUUACAUAUAUACUCAUUCAGUAACCUGGCUAUAUGUUUUAACAGUUCAUUCAGUAACCUGGCAUAUGUUUACAGUAUAUACAGUGCAUUCAGUAACCUGGCUAUAUGUAUACAGAUAUGUACAGUGCAUUCAGUAAUCUGGCUAUAUGUUUACAGUAUAUUCCGUGCAUUCAGUAACCUGGCUAUAUGUUUACAGUAGUAAGUGCAUUCAGUAACCUGGCUAUAUGUAUACAGUAUAUACAGUGCAUUCAGUAACCUGGCAUAUAUGUUAUACAGUGCAUUCAGUAACCUGGCUAUAUGUAUAACAGUAUAUACAGUGCAUUCAGUAACCUGGCUAUAUGUAUACAGUAUAUACAGUGCAUUCAGUAACAUGGCUAUAUGUAUACAGUAUAUACAGUGCAUUCAGUAACCUGGCUAUAUGUUUACAGUAUAUACAGUGCAUUCAGUAACCUGGCUAUAUGUUUACAGUGCAUUCAGUAACCUGGCUAUAUGUAUACAUUAUGUACAGUGCAUGCAGUAACCUGGCUAUAUGUAUACAGUAUAUACAGUGCAUUCAGUAACCUGGCUAUAUGUUUAUAGUAUAUACAGUGCAUUCAGUAACCUGGCUAUAUGUAUACAGUAUGUACAGUGCAUUCAGUAACCUGGCUAUAUGUAUACAGUAUAUACAGUGCAUUCAGUAACCUGGCUAUAGGUAUACAGUAUGUACAGUGCAUUCAGUAACCUGGCUAUAUGUUUACAGUAUAUACAGUGCAUUCAGUAACCUGGCUAUAUGUAUACAGUAUAUACAGUGCAUUCAGUAACCUGGCUAUAUGUAUACAGUAUGUACAGUGCAUUCAGUAACCUGGCUAUAUGUAUACAGUAUAUACAGUGCAUUCAGUAACCUGGCUAUAUGUAUACAGUAUAUACAGUGCAUUCAGUAACCUGGCUAUAUGUAUACAGUAUAUACAGUGCAUUCAGUAACCUGGCUAUAUGUAUGCAGUGCAUUCAGUAACCUGGCUAUAUGUAUACAGUAUAUACAGUGCAUUCAGUAACCUGGCUAUAUGUAUACAGUGCAUUCAGUAACCUGGCUAUAUGUAUACAGUAUGUACAGUGCAUUCAGUAACCUGGCUAUAUGUAUACAGUGCAUUCAGUAACCUGGCUAUAUGUAUACAGUGCAUUCAGUAACCUGGCUAUAUGUAUACAGUAUAUACAGUGCAUUCAGUAACCUGGCUAUAUGUAUACAGUGCAUUCAGUAACCUGGCUAUAUGUAUACAUUAUGUACAGUGCAUUCAGUAACCUGGCUAUAUGUAUACAGUAUGUACAGUGCAUUCAGUAACCUGGCUAUAUGUAUACAGUAUAUACAGUGCAUUCAGUAACCUGGCUAUAUGUAUACAGUAUAUACAGUGCAUUCAGUAACCUGGCUAUAUGUAUACAGUAUAUACAGUGCAUUCAGUAACCUGGCUAUAUGUAUACAGUAUAUACAGUGCAUUCAGUAACCUGGCUAUAUGUAUACAGUAUAUACAGUGCAUUCAGUAACCUGGCUAUAUGUAUACAGUAUAUACAGUGCAUUCAGUAACCUGGCUAUAUGUAUACAGUAUAUACAGUGCAUUCAGUAACCUGGCUAUAUGUAUACAGUGCAUUCAGUAACCUGGCUAUAUGUAUACAGUAUAUACAGUGCAUUCAGUAACCUGGCUAUAUGUAUACAGUAUAUACAGUGCAUUCAGUAACCUGGCUAUACUGUAUACAGUAUAUACCAGUGCAUUCAGUAUACCUGGCUAUAUGUAUACAGUGCAUUCAGUAACCUGGCUAUAUGUAUACAGUAUAUACAGUGCAUUCAGUAACCUGGCUAUAUGUAUACAGUAUGUACAGUGCAUUCAGUAACCUGGCUAUAUGUAUACAGUGCAUUCAGUAACCUGGCUAUAUGUAUACAGUGCAUUCAGUAACCUGGCUAUAUGUAUACAGUAUAUACAGUGCAUUCAGUAACCUGGCUAUAUGUAUACAGUGCAUUCAGUAACCUGGCUAUAUGUAUACAUUAUGUACAGUGCAUUCAGUAACCUGGCUAUAUGUAUACAGUAUGUACAGUGCAUUCAGUAACCUGGCUAUAUGUAUACAGUAUAUACAGUGCAUUCAGUAACCUGGCUAUAUGUAUACAGUAUAUACAGUGCAUUCAGUAACCUGGCUAUAUGUAUACAGUAUAUACAGUGCAUUCAGUAACCUGGCUAUAUGUAUACAGUAUAUACAGUGCAUUCAGUAACCUGGCUAUAUGUAUACAGUAUAUACAGUGCAUUCAGUAACCUGGCUAUAUGUAUACAGUAUAUACAGUGCAUUCAGUAACCUGGCUAUAUGUAUACAGUAUGUACAGUGCAUUCAGUAACCUGGCUAUAUGUAUACAGUAUGUACAGUGCAUUCAGUAACCUGGCUAUAUGUAUACAGUAUGUACAGUGCAUUCAGUAACCUGGCUAUAUGUAUACAGUAUGUACAGUGCAUUCAGUAACCUGGCUAUAUGUAUACAGUGCAUUCAGUAACCUGGCUAUAUGUUUACAGUAUAUACAGUGCAUUCAGUAACCUGGCUAUAUGUAUAUAGUAUAUACAGUGCAUUCAGUAACCUGGCUAUAUGUAUACAGUAUGUACAGUGCAUUCAGUAACCUGGCUAUAUGUAUACAGUGCAUUCAGUAACCUGGCUAUAUGUAUAUAGUAUAUACAGUGCAUUCAGUAACCUGGCUAUAUGUAUACAGUAUGUACAGUGCAUUCAGUAACCUGGCUAUAUGUAUACAGUAUGUACAGUGCAUUCUGAAAGUAUUCAGACCCCUUCCCUUUUUCCACAUUUCGUUACGUUACAGCCUUAUUCUGAAAUUGAUUAAAUAAAACAUUUUCCUCAUCUAUCUAUACACAAUACCCCAUAAUGACAAAGUAAAAACAGGUUUUUAGAAAUGUUUGCUAAUAAUAAUAAUAACAUAAUUUUAAUAAUACCUUAUUUACAUAAGUAUUCAGACCCUUUGCUAUGAGACUUGAAAUUGAGCUCAGGUGCAUCCUGUUUCCAUUGAUCAUCCUUCAGAUGUUCCUACAACUUGAUAAAUUCAAUUGAUUGGACAUGAUUUGAAUACAGUAAAAAUGUAUGCGCACUUGACUAAGUCGCUUUGGAUAAAAGCGUCUGCUAAAUGGCAUUAUUAUUAUUUAUUAUUAUUAUUAUUAUUAUUAUUAUUAUUAUUAUUAUCUGGAAAGGCACACCCCUGUCUAGAUAAGGUCCCACAGUUGAUAGUGCAUAUCAGAGCAAAAAAACAAACCUUUACAUUUUAGUCAUUUAGCAGACGCUCUUAUCCAGAGCGACUUACAGUUAGUGAGUGCAUACAUUUUUCAUACUGGCCCCCAGUGGGAAUCGAACCCACAACCCUGGCGUUGCAAGCGCCAUGCUCUACCAACUGAGCUACAGGGGGCCUAUUGAGGCCAUUCAAGCCAUGAGGUCGAAGGAAUUGUCCGUAGAGCUCCGAGACAGGAUUGUAUUGAGGCACAGAUCUGGGGAAGGGUGCCAAAACAUUUCUGCAGGAUUGAAGGUCCCAAAGAACACAGUGGCCUCCAUCAUUCUUAAAUGGAAGAAGUUUGGAACCACAAACUCUUCCGAGAGCUGGCCGCCCGGCCAAACUGAGCAAUCGGGGAGAAGGGCCUUGGUCAGGGAGGUGACCAAGAACCUGAUGGUCACUCUGACAGAGCUCCAGAGUUCCUCUGUGGAGAUGGGAGAACCUUCCAGAAGGACAACCAUCUCUGCAGCACUCCACCAAUCAGGCUUUUAUGGUAGAGUGGCCAGACGGAAGCCACUCCUCAGUAAAAGGCACAUGACAGCCCGCUUGGAGUUUGCCAAAAGGCACCUAAAGACUCUCAGACCAUAAGAAACAAGAUUCUCUGGUCUGCUGAAACCAAGAUUGAACUCUUUGGCCUGAAUGCUAAGCAUCACGUCUGGAGGAAACCUGGCACUAUCCCUACGGUGAAGCAUGGUGGUGGCAGCAUCAUGCUGUGGGGAUGUUUUACAGCGGCAGGGACUGGGAGACUAGUCAGGAUCGAGGGAAAAAUGAACGAAGCAAAGUACAGAGAUCAUUGAAUCUAAACCUGCUCCAGAGCUCUCAGGACCUCAGACUGGGGCGAAGGUUCACCUUCCAACAGGACAACGACCCUAAGCACACAGCCAAGACAACACAGGAGUGGCUUUGGGACAAGUCUCUGAAUGUCCUUGAGUGGCCUAGCCAGAGCCCGUACUUGAACCCGAUCGAACAUCUCUGGAGAGACCUGAAAAUAUCUGUGCAGCGACGCUCCCCAUCCAACAUGACAGAGCUUUAGAGGAUCUGCAGAGAAGAAUGGAGAAACUCCCCAAAUACAGGUGUGCCAAGCUUGUAGCGUCAUACCCAAAAAGACUUGAGGCUGUAAUCGCUGCCAAAGGUGCUUCAACAAAGUACAUUUCAGUUUCUUAUUUUUUCAUACAUUUGCAAACAUUUCAAAAAAACGUUGUGCUUAGAUUGAUGAGGGGAAAAAACAGUUUUAUCAAUUUUAGAAUAAGGCUGAAGCGUAACAAAAUGUGGAAAAAGUCAAGGGGUCUGAAUACUUUCUGAAUGUAACCUGUCAUCUUUAUUUAGGAGCACCUGUGCACCUAGAGAAAAAUUAUACCAAAUGAUAAUUGUUGCAAUGAUUACUUCACUGUACCCCUGAGUGCCAUGGAGAAUAUACUGACCGCAUAUUCAUGACCGUCACGAACGUCUUUUUACCUCAAAUAUUUUUCAUUGUGGUCCUAAAUUUCGCAACUUAGGCGCAUGCGUGCUCCCUGUAAAGAAAGGUCAGCGUAGAGACCUGCGGACGCACAGUGGUUCACGUCAGCUGUUUGUUCACCCGCACGCAAUUGCUAACAACCCAUAUGUGAUAAAGUGAAAAUCUGAGGCCUGCAACCGACCCUGACCCGCUAAUAUAGAAAUUGUAGGUUUCAGUCAGAGACGGCGGAAUGAUAUUUUCUACGGGGGAUGCAGGAUAUUUUUUUGCCUGAUUUUAGAUGUACUACAUGGCAAAAUGUAUGUGGACACCUGCUCGUCAAACAUCUCAUUCCAAAAUCAUGGUCAUUAAUAUGGAGUUGGUCCCCCUUUGCUGCUAUAACAGCCUCCACUCUUCUGGGAAGGUUUUCCACUAGAUGUUGGAACAUUGCUGCGGGGACUUGCUUCCAUUCAGCCACAAGAGCAUUAGUGAGAUCGGGUAAUGAUGUUGGGGGAUUAGGCCUGGCUCGCAGUCGGCGUUCCAAUUCAUCCCAAAGGUGUUCGAUGGGGUUGAGGUUCGGGCUCUGUGCAGGACAGUCAAGUUCUUCCACACCGAUCUCGACAAACCAUUUCUGUAUGGACCUCGCUUUGUGCACGGGGGCAUUGUCAUGCUGAAACAGGAAAGGGCCUUCCCCAAACUGUUGCCACCAAGUUGGAAGCACAGAAUCGUCUAGAAUGUAAUUGUAUGCUGUAGCAUUAAGAUUUCCCUUCAUUGGAACUAAGGGGCCUAGCCCGAACCAUGAAAAACAGCCAUUAUUCCUCCUCCACCAAACUUUAUAGUUGGUACUAUGCAUUGGGGCAGAUAGCAUCCGCCAAACCCAGAUUCGUCCGUCACACUGCCAGAUGGUCGAGCGUGAUUCAUCACUCCAGAGAACGUGUUUCCACUGCUCCAGAGUCCAAAGGUGGCGAGCUUUACACCACUCCAGCUGACGCUUGGCAUUGCGCAUUGUGAUUUUAGGCUCGUGUGCUCUAUGCAGCUGGGACCAAAAAUAGUCACCAAGAAAACAAUUGGUAACACACUACGCCGUGAAGGACUGAAAUCCUGCAGCGCCCGCAAGGUCCCCCUGCUCAAGAAAGCACAUAUACAGGGCCGUCUGAAGUUUGCCAAUGAACAUCUGAAUGAUUCAGAGGAGAACUGGGUGAAAGUGUUGUGGUCAGAUGAGACCAAAAUCGAGCUCUUUGGCAUCAACUCAACUCGCCGUGUUUGGAGGAGGAGGAAUGCUGCCUAUGACCUCAAGAACACCAUCCCCACCGUCAAACAUGGAGGUGGAAACAUUAUGCUUUGGGGGUGUUUUUCUGCUAACGGGACAGGACAACUUCACCGCAUCAAAGGGACGAUGGACGGGGCCAUAUACCGUCAAAUCUUGGGUGAGAACCUCCUUCCUUCAGCCAGGGCAUUGAACAUGGGUCGUGGAUGGGUAUUCCAGCAUGACAAUGACCCAAAACACACGGCCAAGGCAACAAAGGAGUGGCUCAAGAAGAAGCACAUUAUGGUCCUGGAGUGGCCUAGCAAGUCUCCAGACCUUAAUCCCAUAGAAAAUCUGUGGAGGGAGCUGAAGGUUCGAGUUUCCAAACGUCAGCCUCGAAACCUUAAUGACUUGGAGAAGAUCUGCAAAGAGGAGUGGAACAAAAUCCCUCCUGAGAUGUGUGCAAACCUGGUGGCCAACUACAAGAAACAUCUGACCUCUGUGAUUGCCAACAAGGGUUUUGCCACCAAGUACUAAGUCAUGUUUUGCAGAGGGGUCUAAUAAUUAUUUCCCUCAUUAAAAUGCAAAUCAAUUUAUAACAUUUUUGACAUGCGUUUUUCUGGAUUUUUUUGUUGUUAUUCUGUCUCUCACUGUUCAAAUAAACCUACAAUUAAAAUUAUAGACUGAUAAUGUCUUUGUCAGUGGGCAAACGUACAAAAUCAGCAGGGGAUCAAAUACCUUUUUCUCCUCACUGUAUGUUAUAGGUAGAUAAGUGAUAAUGCUCGGAUCAAUCAUGUUAUUAUCAAGUCAAUUUUAUGCAUAUCAACCAUGUCCACUGAUUUUGACCUAUGACCCCUCAAAUGCUGAUACUGCACUCUGCCUUUUGUAUGACCUUAAACAACUAUCUGGGUAAUGCAAAGGCAAAGUGCAGUAUCAGCAUUUGAGGGGUCUUAGGUCAAAGUGCAGUAUCUACAAUCUAAAUGUGUUUAUCCAGUUUUUCUGUUUUGAGAGUUUUAACUAUGUUCCAACUGUAUUUAAUAAUAAUAAUAAUAAUAAUAAUAAUAUGCCACUUAGCAGACGCUUUUAUCCAAAGCGACUUACAGUCAUGUAAUGUAAUGUAGUUAUGUCUUCAUGUUUUGAAUGUUGUAUUGUAUUAACCCUCAAGCAUUUUUUCACUUUAAGGUAAGGACUAUUUCAUCACGAAGAAUGUUUUAUACUUCAAGAAAAUAUUUGACCUUGUGCUACAAUCUAAAUGUGUUUAUCCAACUUUCUUGUUGUUUUUCUGUUUGACUUUUUUUUUUUGUCAAAUCAGUGGUCAUGGUUUAUGCAUAAGAAAUUACUUCAUAAUUAGAUGAUACAUCAGAGCAUUAUCACUUAUCUACCUACAACAUAGUUGGCUGGACAGCAAAUCAACUUUUCUCAGUUUCAUUGUUGUCGUAGUUACUGCUCUUGGCCUUUAUGGCAGAGAGGGUGACUUUAUUUAAAAAAACAGUGCAGUAAGGCCUUUUUCUCUGAAAUUUAAAAUAAUUGAAACAGGAUACUUUGUCACAAGAUAAAACAGACACUACAAAGCCUGAUUUCAGUCUUAACUCAAUUUUGGCCAAAUGUGUAGUAAUUAUUUAAUUUUGCUUUUGUACGGCAGAGUAGGCUACAGUUCCCUUGACGUGCCAUAGGCCUAUUUGGAGUCCCCGUCUUGUGACUGUCGGAGUUGUAUAGCGCCUCACAAUCAUCACACAUAACAUAAAAAAUCACCCUGAUUUAAUUAUUUUGUCAUAUCCCUGCUUAUGGCCCUGCCUACACCUAGUGACUUGUUUUUUAAAUUACAGUGCCUUGCAAAAGUAUUCAUCCCCCUUGGUGUUUUUCCUAUUUUGUUGCAUUACAACCUGUAAUUUUUAAUUGAUUUUUAUUCGGAUUUCAUGUAAUGGACAUACACAAAAUAGUCAAAUUGGUGAAGUGAAAUGAAAAACUUUUUAACAAAAAUUCUAAAAAAUAAAUCACGGAAAAGUGGUGCGUGCAUAUGUAUUCACCCCCUUUGCUAUGAAGUCCCUAAAUAAGAUCUGGUGCAACCAAUUACCUUCAGAAGUUACAUAAUUAGUUAAAUAAAGUCCACCUUCACAAUAAAAAAUAUUUUGCAUCUUCAAAGUGGCAUGUUGUGUAAAUGAAAUGAUACAAACUCCCCAAAAAUCCAUUUUAAUUCCAGGUUGUAAGGCAACAAAAUUGUAAAAAUGCCAAGGGGGGUGAAUACUUUCGCAAGCCACUGUAUAUGAGCAAAACAUUUUACAUUUUAUUUGGAACGGCAAGCCAGACAAAAUUAAACGGGCCUAUUUAUAUAAUGAAUAUUAAUUCGGAGGGCAGAAAUGAUUAAAUAUUAAAGCAUUAGACCUCGCACUAAAGGUUUAAAUCAUACAAAAGCCAUACUGAAAUCCGAACUGGUUCUCUAGCAAAUUAGUAAGAAUGGCUCACCCCGUGUUCCAGAAUGGCCUUUUCCCCUUUAUUCAGAUUACAACCUCUCGCUUACGGUUAUUUUAAAAUGAUAUAAUCUCCAAAAUAUCACUAUUUUUAAAACAAGCCAUAGAAAGUUGGUUGUAAUUUCUGUUUAAUCCACCAGAAAAGACAGAACAAAUAUUAUGGUUACACUCAAAUAUACUAAUUGAUAAAAAAUACUUUUUAAUUUUAUAUUUUUUAAACUGUAUAAUCUUUGUAAAUGAGAUCAUAAAUAGGACUGGUGGAGUUAUGUCACACAUGCAGCUAACAAAAAUAUAUGGAAAUGUCUGCUCUAUCCAAAAUUACAACCAACUAAUUGCAGCAUUACCACAAAAAUGGAAGAGGCAAGUGGAAGGGGGAGAAAGUAAGGAACUUGUCUGUCGGCCCUGCAUUAAAGACCAAAAUUGUUUAAGGAAAAUUGUGAUAAAUAAAAAAGUAUACCAGUUUCAUUUAAGGACCAAAACAUUUACAGCUGUGCUGUACAGAUUGCAAAAUAGUUGGGAAGAGAUUUUCGAUGUACCGAUUCCAUGGCACAUGGUUUAUGAACUGAUACACAAAACCACGCUGGAUUUACAACUUAGUUUUUCAAUUUAAAUUAUUAUACAAAAUUCUUGCAACCAAUAGAAUGUUAUUUAAAUGGGGGAUACAAUCUUCCCAGCUCUGCAGAUUUUGCUGCGAAGAGACAGAAUCCUUAGAUCAUUUUGUUUUGGUACUGUCCAUAUGUAGCUUGUUUUUGGUUGCAGGUUCAGGGAUGGCUGAAGAUUUGCAACAUUUACCUACAGCUAACUCUGCAAAUAGCACUGCUGGGUGAUUUUGAAAAGUCAGUCAAUCGAUCAAUAAUAUAAUAAUACUCUUAGCAAAAAUGUUUAUCUUUAAUUUACAGUCUGUAGAAACCAUGAGAUGGAAAGGUUCAGAACUUUUGUGAAACAUCACAGUUGAAAAAUAUAUGGCAAAUAGAAAUCAAAACUGGAUGGUCUUCAGAGAUAGAUGGGAGGGGUUGAAUGGAGCUGAAGGGUGGGACUAAAAAGAAACAAAAUACCUAUUGUCAAAUAUACUGUGUCCGUAAAAUGUAUAUAGUAUGUAUAAGCUGGAAGUAGAAGCCUAAGUAUUGUUGUCCAUUAGUUUACUCCAAUUAGGGGAGGGGUGGUAGGGUUAGUGGAAAUAUAUUUUAAAAAAAAUAUAUAUAUAUAUAUAUAUAUAUAUAUAUAUAUAUAUAUAUUUUUUUUUUUAAAUAUGGGGUAUUGGAAAUGAUGCAGACAAUUGCAUUGAUAGAAGCCACAAUCUAUCUGCAAUAUUGAAGCUGAUCUACCCCCUAAAAAACACACACACACUGACACACAUUGAGACGCGCAUGCACACACAGACAGACACGCACGCAUGCGCACACACACAUUGACAAACACACUGAGACACACACACACACACACACACACACACACACACACACACACACACACACACACACACACACACACACACAAAGGUGUUUUGUUAAAAGUGUUACAUUAUGACAUUCUGUGAUUCAUUUGUUAAUAAUAUUAUCAUUCCACCAGGUGUAUUUCCUGGGUCCCAACGCUAAGAAGCGUCCUGCAGUUGUUGGGGGAAACAACAAUGGGGGUUUUGAUGACGAGCAGGGGGGGUACAUCCACGUACCCCACGAUCACCUGGCCUUCAGAUACGAGUUCCUCAAAGUCAUCGGCAAGGGCAGCUUCGGACAGGUAACACUUUAACCUCUGACCCUGUACCCGGUUAUUUUCUCUUAUAGUUUCCUUCCAGAAGGAUCGUCUCUGCUAAGUGAUAAUAGUUAGUUCCACAAAACAUUUUAAGGCAAAUUUCUCCCUGAAAUUAAGUGAAACGUUUUUGUUUUUUUAUUAUUUGACCUUUAUCUAACUAGACAAGUCAGUUAAGAACAAAUUCUUAUUUACAAUGACGGCCUACACCGGCCAAACCCGGACGACGCUGGGCCAAUUGUGCACCGCCCUAUGUAUUUAACUAGGCAAGUCAGUUAAGAACAAAUUGUUAUUUACAAUGACGGCCUACCAAGAGGCAAAAGGCCCAUGAAGUCCCUUAACUGCUUCAUUCAGUAUGGAUAUCAAUGUAAACUGGCUAGUUAGCUAUAGCUACUCUGUAAGCUAGCUGGCUAGUUAGCUAUAGCUACACUGUAAGUUAGCUGGCUAGUUAGCUAUAGCUACUCUGUAAGUUAGCUGGCUAGUUAGCUAUAGCUACUCUGUAAGUUAGCUGGCUAGUUAGCUAUAGCUACUCUGUAAGCUAGCUGGCUAGUUAGCUAUAGCUACUCUGUAAGCUAGCUGGCUAGUUAGCUAUAGCUACUCUGUAAGCUAGCUGGCUAGUUAGCUAUAGCUACUCUGUAAGCUAGCUGGCUAGUUAGCUAUAGCUACUCUGUAAGCUAGCUGGCUAGUUAGCUAUAGCUACUCUGUAAGCUAGCUAGCUAGUUAGCUAUAGCUACUCUGUAAGCUAGCUGGCUAGUUAGCUAUAGCUACUCUGUAAGCUAGCUGGCUAGUUAGCUAUAGCUACUCUGUAAGCUAGCUGGCUAGUUAGCUAUAGCUACUCUGUAAGCUAGCUGGCUAGUUAGCUAUAGCUACUCUGUAAGUUAGCUUGACGUACUAGAAACAAGUUGAGAAAAAAGUAACUACAAGAAGUGUUUUAUCUCUGAAUCAAUUUGUUUCUCCUGUCUUGAAUGUAGAAGUUCUAUUUUGUGAUCUCCCAAAAUAAAGGCAAUUUCUUUGAGGAGACUUUGUCAGGGAACCAGGUCGUCUCCAUGGUAACCAGAGACUCUUUCUGCCCUACUUGCCUUCAAACUACCAUAAAACCUUUAAAUGAUGCCCUUACCUAGGGAAAUGUUUGCAACACCCUUAAACAAUUCCCUUAAAGUAGGGGUGUCAAACUCAUUCAUGGAGGGCCUAGUGUCUGCUGGUUUUAGUUUUUUCCUUUCAAUAAAGACCUGGACAACCAGGUGAGGGGAGUUCCUUACUAUGACCUGGACAACCAGGUGAGGGGAGUUCCUUACUAAGACCUGGACAACCAGGUGAGGGGAGUUCCUUACUAAGACCUGGACAACCAGGUGAGGGGAGUUCCUUACUAAGACCUAGACAACCAGGUGAGGGGAGUUCCUUACUAAGACCUGGACAACCAGGUGAGGGGAGUUCCUUACUAAGACCUAGACAACCAGGUGUGGGGAGUUCCUUACUAAGACCUGGACAACCAGGUGAGGGGAGUUCCUUACUAAGACCUGGACAACCAGGUGAGGGGAGUUCCUUACUAAGACCUGGACAACCAGGUGAGGGGAGUUCCUUACUAAGACCUGGACAACCAGGUGAGGGGAGUUCCUUACUAAGACCUAGACAACCAGGUGAGGGGAGUUCCUUACUAAGACCUAGACAACCAGGUGUGGGGAGUUCCUUACUAAGACCUAGACAACCAGGUGAGGGGAGUUCCUUACUAAGACCUGGACAACCAGGUGAGGGGAGUUCCUUACUAAGACCUGGACAACCAGGUGACGGGAGUUCCUUACUGAUCAGUGAUCUCCCUGGAAUGAGUUUGACACAUGUGCCUUAAGUGAAACACUUAUGUUUUAUGCAACCUGACCCUUAACCUUAACCCAUGACCCUUAACUCAUGACCCGUAACCCUUCCCCUGACCCUAACCAUAGUCCCCUCAAGGUGCUACAAUAGUAGUACAAUAACCUAUUGGUUGGUUUUUGAUUGAUUAACUGAUUGAUGUAUUGAUGGGAUAACUGACAUAUUGACCAAAAAUAUUGAUCUGAUGACCAGGUGGCGAAGGUGUACGACCACAAGCUGCAGCAGCACCUGGCGCUGAAGAUGGUCCGUAACGAGAAGCGCUUCCACCGCCAGGCCCAGGAAGAGAUACGUAUCCUGGAACACCUCCGCAAGCAGGACCGCUCCGGAACCAUGAACGCCGUCCACAUGCUGGAACACUUCACCUUCAGGAACCACAUCUGCAUGACCUUUGAACUGCUCAGCAUGAACCUCUAUGAGCUGAUCAAGAGGAAUAAGUUCCAGGGCUUCAGUCUACCGCUGGUCAGGAAGUUUGCCCACAGCAUCCUGCAGUGUCUGGAGGCAUUGAACCGACACCGGAUCAUCCACUGUGACCUGAAGCCGGAGAACAUACUGCUGAAACAGCAGGGACGUAGUGGCAUCAAGGUGAUGCAGCAGGAGUACACACACACACACACACACACACACACACACACACACACACACACACACAGGAACACACACACACACACAGGAACACACACACACACAGGAACACACACACACAGGAACACACACACAGGAACACACACACACAGGAACACACACACACAGGGACACACACACAGGACACACACACACACACACACACACAGACACACACACACAGGAUUCGCUCUCUCUCUCUCUCUCUCUCUCUCUCUCUCUCUCUCUCCCUCUCUCUCUCUCUCUCCGUCUCUCUCUCCAUCUCUCUCUCCCUCUGUCUCUCUCUCUCCCUCUGUCUCUCUCUCUCUCUCCCUCUCUCUCUCUCCCUCUGUCUCUCUCCUUCCCCCUGUCUCGCUCGCUCCCUCUCUCUGUCUCGCUCCCUCCCUCUGUCUCGCUCGCUCCCUCUGUCUCGCUCGCUCCCUCUGUCUCGCUCGCUCCCUCUGUCUCGCUCGCUCCCUCUGUCUCGCUCGCUCCCUCUGUCUCGCUCGCUCCCUCUGUCUCUCUCUGUCUCGCUCCCUCCCUCUCUCUCUGUCUCGCUCCCUCCCUCUGUCUCGCUCCCUCCCUCUGUCUCGCUCCCUCCCUCUGUCUCGCUCCCUCCCUCUGUCUCGCUCCCUCCCUCUGUCUCGCUCCCUCCCUCUCUCUCUCUCCCUCUCUCUCGCUCUCUCUGUCUCUCGCUCUCUCGCGGCCUCUCUCUCCAUCCAGGUGAUAGACUUUGGUUUGUCAUGUUUCCAUCACCAGAUCCCUAACACCCUCUCUCUCUCUCUCUCUCUCUAUCCAGGUGAUAGACUUUGGUUCGUCAUGUUUCCAUCACCAGCGUGUCUACACUUACAUCCAGUCCCGUUUCUACCGUGCCCCUGAGGUCAUCCUGGGGUCACGCUACGGUCUCCCCAUUGACAUGUGGUCAUUUGGCUGCAUCCUGGCGGAGCUGCUGACAGGGUACCCCCUGUUCCCGGGGGAGGACGAGGGGGAUCAGCUGGCCUGUGUCAUGGAGCUGCUGGGAAUGCCUCCCACCAAGCUGCUGGAGCAGGCCAAGAGGGCCAAGAACUUUAUCUCCUCCAAGGGCCACCCACGCUACUGCGGGGCCAACACCUUGCCCAGUGGGGCCACGGUGUUCACAGGCUCCCGCUCACGCAGGGGGAAGCUCCGGGGUCCCCCGGCCAGUAAGGAGUGGAGCGCUGCCCUGAAGGGAUGUGAAGACCUCACCUUUACAGACUUUAUUAAGAGGUGUUUAGACUGGGACCCUUCCAGCAGACUGACCCCCAGCCAGGCCCUCAGACACCCCUGGCUGUACCGACGCCUGCCCAAGCCCCUGGCCCCCGCCGCAGGGGAGAAGAGAGGAGCGACAGAACACCACUCUACCUCCUUCCCAUCCAUCCUGCCGGCUAAAGGAGGGAGCGGCAACAAACUGAGAGGCAUGAUGGGAGACUCCGCAGGGUCUGUACCCCUCCGCACUGUGCUGCCCAAACUAGUCUCCUAG